AGAUUUAAACAAUAUAAUUACAAUCACAUCAUAUAUUUUGUAUAAUAGACUUUUGUCCCAUAUAGCAGGGCAUACAAAAGUGUCGGGUGACGCUACGUAAAACCACAGCAAUUUAUUUUGUUUCCAUUGGGUAUAUAGCUUGUCCUUUAUCGCAAUUAAUUUCUACUUGUGACACGUAGUCGCUUCACCGAAUCUCGUCGCUAAAUAACACACCGAGAUGAUAAUUCACUCGAAAAAUACGAUCAACCAUAUAAUGACAACGCACGAUAGCAGCCUACGCUUCAAAAGGGCAACAGCCACCGAUUUGGAGGGAAUUGCAUCUAUAUCUGUUGGAAUUUAUGAAGGUUCCGAUUAUGUUGUCCACCAAUUUCCGAAAUGGCUAAACGACGAUAGAUGGCAUCUUUUUAUUGCAGAAACAGCAAAUGGGAAGCUGGUUGGGUUCACGUCAUUGAAUAUCACUGACAAUGGAAGAAGUGCCAUCAUUAGAUCCUCUAGGGUUGACAUUGCAUAUCGAGGAAGAGGAGUGUACAGAAGUUUGCUUGAUUUUACAUUGAGAUCAGUCAGAGAGUUGCUUCCAAAUCUAAACAAUAUCUUGCAAUACAGGACUAAUAAAUUAGAUAAUUAUGAAUGUUUGGCCAAGGUUACCAAAUUGACAUUAGCGUGUAAGUUGACUACAAAAGAACAUUUAGUCAGCAAACUACAAGAAGGAGCACAAUUCACAACAUGGCAAGAGUUUCAGGAUCUGUACAGCCAAAGCCAAUUGAUAAGAAACAUGUUUCCUUCUGACUACCUUCGAGUAAACGCUGAGCUGUUCAACCUUAGCAUAAGCAUGAACUGGGAGUAUCUGAAAACCAGGGAUGAGCUUUUACUUUUAAUGACGAGAAAGCAAAGUGCCACUGGGUACAAGUUAGCAGCAUUCUCGGUGUGGGAUACUGCCAUAAAAACUACAAAUCAAGGAGAGAAAUACUUUGGUGUGGAUUUCUAUGGGGCUGACCCUGAAUCGAUCUUGGACCAUGUUCUUCGAGGGAUGCAGGUUGUUUUUGACAAAAUUGGUGGAACUUUCAAUUUUAGUUUCUGGACAACAGAAGAAAAUGAAGGCUACUGCCAUAAAUUGUUUCAAGAAUUACCUUUUUGUAGAAUUAUAGAAAGUUUUCCGUUACGGUUUUUGAAAAGGGACCUGACGAUCCAAGUAAAGGACUGAAACUACUGCAUUUGUCUGUUUUGUCAAGUAAUGAAAAAACUUAAUUAGGGUAAAAAGAUACUGCUGGCAUAAUGUAGGCUUAUAUAUGGUCCUUAGGAUUGCUCACUUGAAUAGGAGCCAGUUGGCAUUUUGUCAUUUAAAAUUUUCGUUCAUUGUAGCCCCGUAGGUUAUUUGAAAUGUGGUUUACAGGGAGCUCUGCUAAAAGCUGACAAUUCAAUGACAUGUGGACAAUAGCAACCAAUUAUGAAUUUUCGAGAAUAGGCAUUUAAUCCAACGUCAAUAGAUAGUGAGAUCAAUAAAAAAUUUAGGAACACUAGAUUCUGAAUAAAUUUAGUAAUAUGUAAUAGAAAUUACUGUUUACCGGUCUGUCAUUAAGUGCUCGAUGCCGUUCAGGCAGAGCUGUACCAGCAAUUUGGAGUUAAGUUGCUAAUCUGAGUUCAACGUUUAAUGCGACCAUCAGGCAAAUUUUAGGAAUAUUUAUCUGAUUUCAAAUUUCAUUAAAUGUUACAAGCAUAAAGUAUAUCGUUUUCUUUUAAAUAUAUAAAUAUUUUAAUAUUUAAAAAUUUAAAUUUUGAAUAUUGUGGAAUUGAACUCGUUUAGUAGAAAAAUCCAGAUUGCUGCUCAUAUUUAUGCUACACAGUUUUGACCAUGCUUAGUACUACGUUUUGUGGCUCCACUUUGAAUAGCGUUUUCGAAUGAUAUACGGUUUGGUAUCAAAUGAAGUCAAAUUAUUCUGUUUUCAAGCGUACUAAGGGGAUAGCAAAAUCAAAAACGGAUUCAUUCGACUCCGUUUUAGUAUGAAAACAUAGCAGAAUCGGCUUUAGAAGAAACAAUGUGCCAUGUGCCCUUUUGUGCUCAAGUUCUUUAUAGCUAAUUGUGUCUGAUUGAGGAGAACCACGUAAGAAAAUUCUAACCUUUAACAUAUUUAUCGAAAAGAGAUGCAUAUCUAAACGUGUUAGAAGAAAGCAUUGGCCUUGAUACGUCAGGUUUCCGAACUUUGUGGACCGUUCAUUUUACACCUCACCUCAUGCUGGUGUGCUCUUACGUUGUUCUUAUUUCUCUCCAUGUUCUUAUAAAGUUAAAGAAAGAAAGUGUAUUUGGUCAACACUAUCAUUUUAGAUUUCACAUUAUUUAGAACAUAAAAACUGAAAAGUGAUUUUUAAGCAGAUAAUUCUUUUAUGCAGAAAACAAUUCAUUUUCCUUUCUUCCAAUCAGGUUGAUUCAUGGUCGCUUUUGAAAAUGUUCGCAUUACUUUAAUCUAAAGUACAGUUGGCUACCUAUGAUUAACCCCAGACCACACUAAGGGGCUCAGUACGCCCGUAGAAUUUCCAGUUUCAUUGGGGGACUACCUAAGGCAUUGCUGAAAACUGGAAAUAAUUUCGCUUCAUUGUUGUCACAGCAACUUCACAAUAUUGAAAAAACACCCGAAUCUAUGAAAACCCCAGAUCAUAGCUUUUGUUCAGGAGACGAAACUAUCAGUCCUUUGUUUCGAAACAAUACAGUUGGUCUGGACCUAUUUGACUCCAGGGUCAUAUCGGUCCUGGGAGGGUCAUGUUAGUCUGGGCAAGAAAAAAGAACUCGAGGCUGUUGUAGCGGUUAUCAUGGCACCAAAGGCGCUUAUUGUUUUUUUCGCGGGCAAUGUGAAUGAAUGUUUUCCGAUUAACCAAUGAAACGAAUCGAAAGCCGCGUUAAUCAUGACGAAG